AUGUGGUCAGCUAUAAACGCACGUACCGCAGUUGAAGGCUUCUACAUUGCUGUUCGAGGCGAUUUAGAACAUUACCACGAGGCCAAAAUAUUUCUCACCCCCAAGGCCAAGUCCUUUAUCAAAGACAUAUUGCAUUUCGAGCCCAAGCAUCUUGCACUCAAAUUUGAGUCAUGGGUAGUCGGAGAUUUCGCAUCGAAGAGGGUGCUAAUGAACUACGACAACUAUGAGAAGAAGAUUGUAGAGGUUUAUGCAGUCGCAAUUGAUGGAUGGACUUACCAGAAGGACAUUGGCAACCCUGGGAAAGUCGGCCAUCGAGAGUGCCUAGUCACCCUGCUCGAUGCAUUGGUCGCCAACAAAUGCCGCUGGGUUCUGUUGACCGACAAGGAGUUGUCAGAGUGCAUUAGCAACAACCGUGAGCGUCAAGCAAACGGUGAACAGGUCUACAAACCAUGCAAAGCCAAACAACGACAUAAUAUCAACAGUGGCAAAAGUGCCGAAAUGGUCUGUGACACAGACACAGAAGUUGAAGGGCAGGAAAACGAGCAGGACAACCAGCAGGAUAAUGAGCGGGACAACCAGCAGGACAACCAGCAGGACAAUGCAGUGACUGCAAAGCUGGCAGCUGGCAGUAUGAGCGAGAGCCUCGGGAGCGCGUAG